AAUAAUUUUAAAUUACAAUGGCGAUUUAGUAUUUCACAGGUUCAUCAACUUUUUAUGUGAUGUAAAAGGUGUAAAAGUGAGAUUAACGAAAUUGAAACAAAUUUGACGUAUUAAUGAUAAUGUAAAUAGAAUUUCUUUCUGAUAUUUAAUUAUUAUUGACUUGAAAAGAAAGAAUUGAACAAGUUUCAGUUAUAGUUAAAGUCACGUUAAAGUAUAACUUGUGAUUUCUCAAAUGGUAUACAUAUUAUAAAUAAGUAUAGGGUCAAAAUGGCAAUGGCAAUGCGGAAACGAAGUGGUUCGGGAUCAAAAAGGCAACAUAAGGGAAAGUUGGUUCCAAUUUAUGAAAGUUUUUUCAAGGGAGAGGAUCUAACGUCAGCACACCCAAAUUUUUGGAACGAAUUAUUUCUUAUCAAGCCAAUGGUUUCUCAUAUUGAAAAUGAAAUUCUACACAUGACAGCGGAACAAUUGAGUGCGAGCCGAGAGAAUUUAAAUUCUUUAGUAAGUCAUUGUGUAGAUACAUUAGUUGACGAACAUCCGUUUCGUGUUGUAUACGCCCUUCAAACAUUGGCUGCAGUCAUACAAUCUAUGUAUAAAAAAGCGAGUCAAAGUGAAUUUGGUUUCAAUUUGAUAGAUAUUUUAGUUGGGUUUGACUCCGCAGAACAGAGGAUGACAACCUUGAUGCAGCACUGCAACAAUUUCCUUACAGGCGAAUAUCCGGAUAGUUUAAAGGCUCUGUGCUUAAAGCUUUUGUUAAUUAUUAUUACUGGUAUGGAUAAUGUCAGUCAAAAUACUCUUCUUGAGUAUGUUAUGCUAAACAGUGUUUUUGAAUCCCUUAUUCAAUUGCUGAGGGAUACCACUGCAAGGAAUCGUCACGGAAAUGAUGCAGUUUUACUUUUGACGCUUCUGGUCAAUUACAGAAAACAUGAAAGCGCAAAUCCUUACAUUGUAAAACUAUCAAUUUUAGAUGAUGAACUUGCUCUAAAUGGAUAUGGACAAGUUAUAUCGAGUUCAUUAACUGAAUUUUGUCGUCAAUUUUCACAACAGAAAGCAGAGGUACAGGCCUCCUGGCUUUCCUCAUUGACGAGCAUUGUUGGAAAUAUGUUUGUUGGCGAAGAAGAAGCAAAAACCCAACAAGUACGUGCGAAUAAUGCACUACUUUUAGCUUUGUAUGAAGCUACACAUCUUAAUAGAAACUUUGUAACCACUUUGGCGUAUACUCAAACCGAUACAAGUGCUCCGCCUUCACCAAAUAAUACAUUGGGACCAAAUGCAACUGCUCCUGGUGCUAAUCAUCCGGAUGUAAUGGCUCAACCUUUUAAUUUGCUUGCAACUUUUCUUCAAUAUUGUUCAAUUGUUAUGCAGGCGAUCAGGACAGAAGCAAUAACGAACAAUGUAAAACUGUGUUUUCUAAUAUUGAGCUGCAUUUCUGAAGACCAAUAUGCAAAUAGUUUAAUGCACGAUGCAAAUUUAUCAUUUAAAGUCUAUUUACAUAGGAUGCCAAUGCAUCAUAGAAAAAUCCAAGAUAAAGCCGCACCAACACAACCAUUAGCGGCAACACUUUUGGAUUUACUUGUUGAGUUUAUUACAUCACAUAUGAUGAAGAAAUUUCCAUUAGAAUUAUAUCAUCUUUGCAUUGGUGUUUUACAAAGAUUGUUGUGUUAUCAAAAACGUUGUAGAAUAAGACUUGGGUAUCAGUGGAAGGACUUAUGGACAGCUUUAAUAAAUCUUUUAAAAUUUUUGACAACACACGAGAAUCAUUUAGUUAAGAAAAUGAAUAUUUUUCCACUUGCUAUUCAAGUCGUAAAUAUUCUAAAUUUAUUCAUCACAUAUGGAGAUACCUUUUUAUCAAGCCCUAGUAGUUAUGACGAAUUAUUUUACGAAAUUAUUAGGAUGAGGUUAAUAUUUACAAAUUUAAAUGCUAUGGCUCUCAGGUUUUCGACUACUGAAUCUUAUGAAUACAAAGAACACGCUCUUAAAUUGACAAAUUCGUUGGUUAACAUGAGGGAUAUUGUUAAUCAUUUUCCACCAAAAAUAACCGCCUGGUUGACAAGUGAGAGCCUAUCAACACCAACAGAACAACAAAUUUUAGGUGUCAUUAUACAAAACUACGAUAGUCUUACACUUAAAUUACAGGAUAAUUUAGACCAGUACGAAAGGUACUCGGAAAAACCUAAUCACACGGCCUUUUUUGAAGAAAUGGUAACCGGUGUUAUAAUUGAUACUCGAGGUUCUAUUGAUCUCACAACGUUAGACACGCAAGCAAUUUUACAAGAGCUUUCUAAUAUUACGUAACAUAUCCCGAUAAACUAAACGCCUCAUCCAAAAAGAAAUAUUUUCCUUGUAAUAAAUAUUUUUUAUUAGAAAUCAUUUCUAAUAUACUGUAAGGUAUGCUUAUUCGUUAUUCCUAUAAGUAUUAUUAUUAAUACUUGGAGUAUAUAUUAGUUAUUAUUUAUUAGAGGUGUGGAAAAAGCUUGAAACUCGAAAAAUAUCAACCUUAUUAUCCAAAAAAAUAGAAACUUGAUUCAAAAA